AUGAUGGCGUGUGCCCUCGCCGUCGCCCAGCCUGCGGCAUCUCUCGCGCCAUCCGGCAAGAGGAGCCUCUCCGGCGGCCGUCCCCCACGGCUGCCAUCUCCCAGGCUUUCAGACAAGCUAAGGAGCCGCAGUGUCGUUGCCAAGGCUGCGCAGGACAGUUCAGAAUCAUCCGGGAGCAUAGUGAAAUACGUCACGACUUCUUUCAGCACUGCGGAAGACAUUUUUGGUCUAGCUGGUAUAGGCUUUGCCGCAAUAGCUGCAUUAUGGGCUUCAGUCAACCUCAUUGAGAUCAUCGAUAAGCUCCCGGUUCUUCCUCUUCUCUUUGAACUAGUUGGGAUAUUAGUUGCAUGGCUUUUCAUCUACAACAAUCUCCUCUUCAAGCCAAAGAGGUAA